UGUCUUCGUACUGAUCUGACCAAUUACAGUUGAUUUCUUUACUACGCUUAACGUUGGAAAAGAGUGAUCUCUUAUUGAAAGCGCAGUAGCACAUCGUUCAAGGUUAUUGCUGCAGAAAAAUCACUCUUAAAUGGGGGUCCUGUCAGCGCUGACGCGGGGACUCGUGAGAGGAGCUGACAGAAUGGCGGAGUUCACGAGCAAGCGUGGGCCCAGGACAUUCUACAAAAGCAGAGGUGCAAGACCCACUGGAGUUGUCACCUCAAGCAGAAAGUUCAUACCUGUACGGGCCAUGAUACCAGAGUUUGUGGUGCCUAACCUGGAAGGAUUCAGCCUGAAACCCUACGUGUCAUACAAGACCCCAGCAGGGACAGAAGAGCCCAUGACUCCAGCGAAGCUCUUCAGUGAGGUGGUGGCCCCACAGAUUGAAAGAGACAUUGAGGGAGGGGUUUUCGACAUGGACAGUCUUGAGAAAUACGGAUUGGAGAAAACACAAGAGGGGAAGCUGUUCAAGCUGUAUCCCAAGAACUUUGUUCGUUAGAUGGACUUUGUGUUUGCAAUGGACUGUAAACAAGGUUAUGUUUUGUUAGAAUUUUCCAUGAACAGAUAUCAUCUAAGAUUUAAACCAUUUCAUACUUGACUGUUUAUUUGGAAAUUAUUUAAAAACUACUGGAAUAAAAAAAAUGCUCAACCCUU